AUUCGUCAGACGAAUGUCACGCUGAAAGCUAGAAGAGUCCAAAGAUGAUUUCAUGGUCAAUUGGUCUGUGUUGCUUUCUCGGUUCUGUCGCUUUGGCAGCCGAAGCGGGAAACAAUAGAUCUGCCUACUUCCUAAGUAGGAACAAUAAGCGCUUAGAAGGCAAAACAAUCAGGACAAUUGAUUCGCCCAGCCUCCUGUCUUGUAGUCAGACAUGUUUGAAGCACUUAUGGUGUACCUCUACAAACUUUCAAGAGUCCUUUGGGAAGACUAGUAAAGGAAAUUGUGAAUUGAACAGGCACGAAUUCUCUCCAUUGAAUGAGGAGACCCAGCUCACUGAUAAAGCAGGCAGUACUUUUGCACUGGUGCUCAAGGUAAAACAAAGAAGUUCUCUUAGAAAUAAUAGGUAGAAUUAAUGACCCCGUUUAAAUCUCUUUUAAUACUGAUUUACCGUUUUAAAUAGCAAACUCAAUUGAAAUCAGUAACAAUCUUUUUCUUUUUUGUCUUCUUCCUUUUGCCGUAACCGGCACAAUCGUCAAGUGAAAUGACUCAAAAGAAAGACCGGAUUUUUUCGUUUGAGAACCUUAAUAUUCAAACAGGAAUCUCUCUGGGUGCUUCUCCAGAAAAGACCCAACCAAUCAACAUCGCCUUUUCUUUAACGACGUUUUUGACAAUUUUCUCCUCUUGUAUUAAAUUUGCUGCACAAAAGUGGCAACAAUAUGUGACUCACAGAAGCAAGAGCAAUAGACUAGAGUUACGGCAAACGGAAAAACAGAGCAAUCAGUCUGUCCGAGUGCUUAUUUCAAUGUAGCUGUCGACGGCUAACAAUAGUGACGUGACGUGAUACAGCUCACUUUGACUCUGAAGAUGACUACCGCACAGGUUGUCGAAACGUCACUCACUGUCAACAACAACAGUCUUAUUCAGGACUACGUUCACCCGGACGAUCAAACACAACCUACUUUUGAAAUGACUCCUGGGUUCAAACCUUUCAGAGUUUUAAUCGUUAAGACGUCAAUAAGGAAAGAAGAGGUAACGUGUUGCUGACAUUUUUCAGCGCUGUUGGAUGACCAGAUGCUAUAAUGGAGCUUCCUGCUGUUUUGAACAAGGAGGAGAAACUUUACCUCGCCCCACUAGACUACCGAUCAACGGGGAAAACUACCAACCAGGUAAGUUAAAGCUUGUAGUCAUGUAGGAAUCACAGGUUCAACGGAUUUUAAUUUUUCACGCCAAUCGCAACUGUUUUGGCUGUUUUAGUUGCCAAUAGUUACCCUCAGACGUACAAACAGCUGGAAGCCAUACGCUCCCUUGUUUGUUCCCUUUGUUCUUUACAUUUUAGAGCACAACUCCGGUCAUUCCUCUGCUUUUCACUGCGCAACUCUACUGCGCAUUAUUCUCAAAGAUGGCUGCAAACAUUUUAACCUGAUGAUGACUGUGACGUCAUCCUGGAGCAGAGUGACGACAUUAUUACCUCCAUCCUUGUCGCUAUCUUAAGUUAGGUAAAAAUUCAGUUUUAUGCAAACAGUGCAAUGUUUUAAAAUGGAAAAAACCUUUCGCGGGUUUUGGUUUCGUUUUACUGACACAAAGUAAAAAAAAAAACAGUCGCAAUUUUGAUCCUGCAUGGUUUGAGCUCACGAACCCUAACAUGACCUUGACAUGAAAUUGUCAGACCUUAGUAUUUGCGUGAUUUGUGCGACAGACUAGUAUGAAUUUCAAAGACAUCAAUAAACAACUAUUGAAGGGGAAUUGCAUUGGCUAAACAUUAUAUAUUGUCAAGAUAUUUGCCUGCGGCUUGUUUUAAGAUCGAAAAAAACACUCCUGCUCAUGUAUUAUACAAUGUUGUCUUUACAACUGCGCUGAACAACAAAACAUUUGUUCUUCUUUUUAGAGUUCAAUGCAACAUUCACUUGUGACAAUUCAAUGGAAAUGUUUGCUGAUGGUCAAAGCCUCGGAACGGACAGUAAUUGGGGAAACGCCACCACCUACCUUGUACCAGGAAACACACGAGUUCUUUCUGUAGCCGGGAAAAACUUGGGAGGAAAUUUUGGAAUACUCGGCUCCAUGAGCGACGGACUGGUAACUGAUGAAUCCUGGAAAUGCAGCAGCUUUCCGUAUCCCGGAUGGAAUUUCCCGGAUUUUGAUGACCGGGGCUGGCAUUCUGCAAACGUUAUUGCAAACCAUGGCGACAAUCCUUGGAAUACAAUGAAUGGUAUCGCAACGGCAGCCAAGUGGAUAUGGGCUAACAACAAAAGCGACACUGCCUAUUGCAGACUGAAUCUAAAGUAA